ACCUUUUUAACUUUUCCUUUUAAUGGGGCCCAUGUAACAAUUUUUUAACUUUUCUUAUUCUUUCUCUCCUCUCUUUUCUGUUCUUCUUCCUCGCUAGAUCUUGGUUUGAUCAAAACCCAGAUCUGUUCUCCUUUCUCUUUCUUCUCUAGAAUCUUCCAGUCUUUGCUUUCGCUCGAGAUUGCCCUCUUAUUUCUCGCUCGUCACAGCCUUUUUCUCCACAAACUUUUAUGGUAGAAAGUGCUCCUCCUUCUUCCUUUAUGUUUGACAAUGCAUCAACAACAUCCACAGAUCAUGGCUGGGCUUUUGAUUCUGGUUCAGUUGUUCAUGUCUCCAAAAAUACUGGUAACUUGUCCUCAUCUAUUCCUUACUCUAGUGUUGAGUCUAUACAGGUUGGAAAUGGGCAACUUUUACCUGUUUCUCAUGUUGGUAGCGAAGAACGUCCUCCUUCGUUGCAAUAAUGCAAAUGGUUUACAUACUUUUCCUGGGCAUUCCAAAUAGUUUCAAAAUCUAGUUCUUCAUGUGUCAGUUUCACCUCAAGUUUGGCAUUCUCGUUUGGGUCAUCCGAGUUCAACGUCAUUUGAUCAUCUUGUUCGUCAUGGUUUGAUUUCUACAAAUAAAUUGGCUAGUUCACC